UAAUACUACUGCAUCUGUAUGAUCAAUGGUGAAAGACGAAACACAUUUACAGAAAUAAGAUAUUUGAGAAGCAAGCGGCGGGAAAUCUCGAUUUCCUACUGAAGCAAAAGAGGCAUCCAAAAUAGCCAUGGUCUGUGUGGGGGGAAACGAGUUUUCGAAUCACGGGAAGAGCAAGUUCUCAGUUGUUAUGGAUCACCCUCUUUCUUGGCUGGUUUGUUUAUAUGCAGCUGUAUGUAUGUUGGUAAUAUAUGGGUGUUCAGUGACCUACGGUAUAAUCUUCCCAUCGAUUUUAGAAGAAUUUCAAGCUAGCAGAGCCGUUACAGCCUUCCCAGGAGCCAUUGCCAUCGCGUCUUCGGGGAUGUUUGGACCUCUCGGCGGCCAUCUUACUGACCACUAUGGAUGCCGGGUAGUAUUCAUGAGCAGUAGCCUAAUUACCAUAAUGGGGCUCGUCUCAUCCUCUUUCGUGCCUAACAUCGUCUUGCUUUACUUCACGUAUGGUUUCGUAAACGGACUAGGAGUUAAUCUCAUGUACAUUAGCACCAUGAUGGUGCCAGCCCUCUACUUCAAACGCAGGCGCAUGCUCGCCACAGCUAUCGUCUCCGCUGGCCCAGGAGCGGGCCUUUUUAUCAUGAGCCCUAUUGUGGAAGUCAUUCAUAAAGUUUUGGAUUGGCGCAAGACACUACUAUGCUUGGCUGGCCUGUGUCUCGUUCCCUGCCUGGGUGGCUGGGGCUUGAGAGAAAAGAAGGAGAAAGUAGAGCAGACCAUUGCGCAAGAGGGGUGCGCAGAGCGCAGAUGCCGGUCCUCGUGUGACUGUUCCGUUCUGAGGAAUCCCAUGUUUGUGCUAUGCACAGCGAUGACGUCAUUAGCAGCUCUUGGUCACUGUAUGCCUAUAGUACAUUUGGCCAAACAUUGCGCGGAGCUGGGCAUAUCACGUGAACUGUCGUCCUGGCUGUACUUCGCCAUCGGUCUCUCAUCCAUGAUUGCACGGAUGAGCUGUGGCAAGCUUGCCGAGACGGGCUGGAUCUCUCUGCCUCGACUCUUCCAGUUUGGAGUCUUCGGACUAGCGCUAGGCAAUCUGUUGUUGCCACUAGCAACAGACUUCCCAUAUUUGGCCUUGUAUAGCGUCUCGUAUGGGUUUGGAGAGGGGUUCUUUUUAACGCCCAUUUAUUGCAUUAUUCUUGAGUCUUUACCGACUGAGCGUCGUGGGCGUGGUUAUGGGGUUUUCCAGUUGUUUAUCUCUAUACCCUAUGUAUUUGGACCAUUUCUUUCAGGUUUAAUCGCCGAUUUGAGCGGAACUGGAUACACGAACUCGUUCUACACGGCAGGGGCGAUAGAGGUCGUCGCUGGGUUUGGGCCUUUUCUCAUUCCAUUUAUGCCUACUGCUAGCCACAAAGAGGAAAUAACUGUCAACGAGGAACUUAUCGUCUAUGAAAAGGAGUCUGUCGUAUGACAAAUGUCUGUCCCGAUUUCUGUACACCGAGUCACAAUAAGGAGAUAUGCUUUUGUUAUUGAAAUGAAUAUCUCCUCCCAUGCACUAGUACUUGUUUUGUUACUAUGCUUUUCAGCAUAUUUUUCUUCCUGAACUGAUCCGCCUUGAUUACCAAGGCCACCUGCGGAUCAGUUUACACUCACAAAAUGAGAGAUAAUAAAUUUGACUUGACUUGA